GGGAUAGAACUCUAACUAGAUCUCUACGUGGACAUGUUUUACAUUUGUUUUUGAUGUAAAUAGUCUUAGUUACUAAGUUAGUAACUUAUUUAAAUAUUGAUGUCACACCAACAAAACACUUAUUGAAAAAAUAUAUGUGCCUUAAUUGUUCUGUAAUUGCUGGACGAUAUUAUUACUUCUGUUGUCUUUCAACAAUUUUGCAGUCACAAUGACAACGCUGAGAAUUUUAACAUUGAACUGCUGGGGAAAGCCACUUCCAUUUAUAUAUGAAGAUCUGUGUGAUCGAAUUGGGGCAAUAGGUGAUGAAAUUUCCAAAAGAGACUAUAAUUUAGUUAUUUUGGAGAAGGUUUGGCUUUCAUCAGACUACAAGAAACUGUGUGACAAAAUAUGUCCAGUUUUACCGUAUUCACACUAUUUCUACAGCGGAAUGCUUGGCAGUGGCUGCUGUGUGUUCUCCAAGUUCCCUAUCAGAGAGACGAUGUAUUAUCGCUUCAGCCUCAACGGGUUUGCUCACAAGAUCUGGCAUGGAGACUGGUAUGCUGGGAAAGGGGUCGGUCUCUGUAAGAUGGUCAUCGAUGGUCUUCAUAUCAAUUUGUACUCCAGUGAUACUCACACGAGAUACAGCCGAAACUUCGAUGAGUACGCAGCACACCGCGUUGCGCAGUCUUUUGAGAUUAGUCAGUUCAUAAAGCAGACGUCCGAGGCAUGUGAUCUCGUUAUUCUUGCUGGUGAUCUCAACUCUGAGCCGUCUGAUCUCAACUACAAACUUAUACUGACCAAUGGGAAUCUCAGAGACUGCUGGAUUGAUAAGGAAAUGACAUAUAGUGAUGCGGCUGGUAACACCUGUGCUUUGCCCUACAACAAUUACACGAGUGCUGCAGAUAAGAAGGAGUAUCCUUUUGGCAAGCGGAUAGAUUACAUCAUGUACAGAGCUAAUCCAGGUGUGAAAGUCUUUGUUGAAGAGGCCUCAGUGAUAAUGGGUCGCAUUCUCGGAACACCGUUCCACUACUCGAAGCACGAGUCUUUGAAGGCUGUACUCAGAAUAGAGCAAUUUUCAGAUGUCGUCUAUCCUGUUGAUGAUCAGUAUUCAGAGAGAAACAAACAUCUUCUGGAAGCAUUUGAAUUGAUUAACAAUGGCCUACAACAGUCCAGGCUAUCCGGGGAUUGUUAUCUGUUUCAAUCACUGUUACAAUCAUUUCUCAUGAUCACUUUCGUUAUCAUGAUACAGAAUGAGCCCCAGGUGCCCCCCUUCUUCCAGAUUAUAAAUUAUGGGUGGACAUUGAUCACAGCGUUCUACUUCUGGACCGGUGCUGUGGUUAUGAAAACAGACGAGAAUAGUUUUCUUGGUAUUAAGUUAGAUAUUGCUAAUGCAAUUGCAAAUUAAAAUUCAGUGAUUAAAUAAAACCCAAUGAAACCACCAGACAAGAUAAAUGAGAACCCUUUGGAAUGGCAGAGUAAGCAACAUCUUCAAAAAACAGUAAGUGUUGAAUUUAUCGACCUUGGCAUAUAGCAGACCAAAUCGAACAAAAGAUUUUUCCAAUUCAGGUUUCUUCUCUUAUUUAUUCUACUUUUCCUGCUCAGCCAAACAGAAGCUGGCGGAGAUCCCAAGAAGUACUACGUCCUCCUGUUUGUAAAGUUGGGCCUGACACUGCUUUUGGUUUUCUGCUUCUGGACUGGGGUCAUGGUCAUGAGAACAGACACAUUUAAUUUUCUGGGUUUUGUUAUUAAAUAUUGCCAAUGUCAUUAAAAAUUUAAAGAUUAAAAUUCUGUGAUUAAUUUUUAAAAACCCCCAAACAAGACUGAAAGACAAAUUCAACUGACAUUUGUGUUAAAACAUGUUACAUGGUAACUGAUUUAGUUUCAGCUGACACCAAAACUGAAGGAAUACAGUGUGGAAACUGCAUCUGUUUCCGCUCUACUGUGGGUUCAUACUGCUGCAGAAUGUUUGCUUAAAAACUGCACAGAGAAUACAAAGUACAUUUAUAUUCAAGUGUUCAAAUUGAAUUGUGGAUAGUUUGUGUGUGUGCAUGAAAUUUUUUUCAAUGCAUAUUUCGGGGGAGCAUGGCUUAAACCCCUUAUAAAAAUCAUUUGCCACAGUCUAGCCCUCGCCCCAUACCAAAAUUCAUGCACACGUGCCUUAACACACCAUAUUUAGUAAAAAUACACAUACAUCUGUUUUUUUACGUCAUUUCCAUGACCUGUUAUAUGUAAUGAUGUCUCAAUUGACAUAACUUCUUCUAAUCAGAAUAAAGUAAAUCGUACAACAGCGGGAAGUUUGUAACUAUAUAUAUAUAUAUAUAUAUAUAAUAAAUAUAUAUAUCUUAUGUAUUUAGUGUGUGGACGAAGCGUACACACAUAUUUAGUCCAAGGACGAAAUAUUAGGUAAAUAACUCAAAAAUAUCUAGAAAACAAAUGUUGCUGAAUGAUUUUUGAUAGUUUAUGCACUGUCCAAAGUCAUCAGUAGCCUCAUACAUACAGUGUUUGUUAUAUAACCGACAGGGACUACUCACGCAAGGUAUCCACCACUCGAUGAAUACGAGAAUCCUCUGGAAGUCAGUAUGUGACCCAAAAACUGUUGUAGCAGAACGCACUUUAGUGGCAAAACAAAUGUAUACAAUCGUCAGUACAUUCACACCUCCCUCACCCCCUCCACGCCUAGGAAUAUAGGAACUUAAGAUUGAAAAGGGCCACUAUUUGACACACUUUGAAGGUUAUUUGACACUUUGAAACCUUCCCUGCCUGAGACUAAAGGAAAUUGCAUUGCAAACGAAAGCGAUCCCACUGUGGGAGCCUGUGGUCCGAAGAGGACUAUAGUUUUCACCUCCAUCCUUCUGUCUUGUGUUUGUCCGUCUGUUCUACAUAUAGUUUUCCGGAUGUUUUUUUUUCACAAUGCCUUGAGAUACUGAGCAGAAUUUUUUGUAUAGCUUUAUAAUGUACUGUUACAGAUCAAGUUAGAUUUUCCUACGAUUUACCAAUUUUUUCAGAGAUAUGACUUGGACUUGGGAGAUUGGAAAUUUGUUUUCUGGAUGGGUUUUUUUUCUCCCACAAUGCCUUGAGAUAUUGAGCAGACAUUUUGUGUAUAACUUUAUAAUGUACUGUUACAGAUCAAGUUUGACUUUCCUGGCGAUUUAUCCAUUUUUGCAGAGAUAUAACUCUUGAAUUUAGGAUAUACGAAAUUUGUCUGGGCCCUGUAGAAGACAUGCAUUGCUUUAGUAGAGCUCUCAGAAUGCUUGUUUUAAUUGUUUCUAAACUAUAACUAUGUAUAUUUUAUAACUGGAAAUUGAUAUAUUGAGAUGUCUAAAUAUAUUAAUAGUAACUAUUAAUAUACCGAUGUAAUAGAUAAGUAUUUCGAUACAUUUAACAGAUCAAUUAACUACUAAAUAUAAAUAUAACAAAAACCUAUCUUUUUUUAGCGUUACGCAUUUUAUUUACAUUUAUUCUUUUAUAAGUAUUUUUGUUAUUUUGACAAGUAGGUAGUGCCUGUAGUAUUAUGCAGGCGUUUAAUGAAGGCAGAUCAUGUUGAACAUGUGAACAAUUAUAUUUGAAUUAUGAAUUUAUAUAUAUAUAUAUGAUUGAAUGUUUUAUGUGUAUUUUUACUAUAUAAACCUAUGGUAUUUAUUAUUGUC